AACAGCCUCUUGUUCGCCUUCAGGGGGGCCCCUCGUGAAAUCGACCACCGGUUCUGAUAGAGCUGAGUCCGUUCUUUCCGUCGGUACCUUAUACGGCGUGAUCGGAGCUUAUCCAGCCGAGCUAUCCGCCUGUGUAUUCGGUGUAGUGGAUUCAACAUGGCUAAAGGUGACCCAAAGAAGCCAAAAGGCAAGAUGUCUGCUUAUGCCUACUUUGUGCAGACAUGUCGUGAGGAACACAAAAAGAAGAAUCCGGAAAUCCCAGUCAACUUUGCAGAGUUUUCUAAGAAAUGUUCUGAAAGAUGGAAGAUCAUGUCUGCAAAAGAGAAGUCAAAGUUCGAUGACUUGGCAAAAGCAGAUAAAGUCAGAUAUGACAGAGAAAUGAAAGAUUUUGGACCAGUUAAGGGAGGCAAGAAGAAGAAGGACCCUAAUGCUCCUAAGAGGCCACCUUCUGGAUUCUUCUUGUUCUGCUCAGAAUUCCGUCCCAAGAUAAAGUCCACAAAUCCUGGUAUAUCUAUUGGUGAUGUUGCAAAGAAGCUUGGUGAGAUGUGGAAUAACCUGAGUGAUAGUGAGAAACAACCCUAUAACAGCAAGGCUGGGAAGCUGAAGGAGAAGUAUGAGAAGGAUGUUGCAGAUUACAAGUCCAAAGGAAAGAUUGAUGUUCCUAAAGCUGCUCCUAAAAUGGUCCGGAAAAAAGAGGAGGAUGAUGAUGACGAUGAGGAGGAUGACGAGGAAGAGGAAGAAGAUGACGAAGAUGAUGAUGAAUGAAGUUGUAUAUUCUGUCCAUGUGAAUAUCAUAGAGUAGGGGAACCACCUGGCUGCCAUCUUAAGAUGGUUGACUGCCCAUAUUAGGUCUAAUUGAAUAAAAAAAAAAUUUGGUUAUUGCAUCAUAGUUUCACAAAGAUGCUCUUGGAGUUGUAACUGGCUUUACACUAUGUAGCCGUGUGUGUAAAUGGAGCAUUCUGAAACUGUAUCAAAGUUGUACAUAUUCCCAAACAUUUUUAAACCAGACAGGCGCUCUAGUGUUCUCCUCACUCUGUGCACUUUUGCUGUUGGUGUAUCAAAGCAUUUAAAAAUGUUUCAAGCAUUUUUUUCUUAUAUUUUUUUAAUUUAAGGUGUUACUUUAAUGAUUAUUGGUUAGAAAAAGAUCCUGGGUUGUAAACUGUACAUAUCUAAUCUGUAAACUAGACAAAUUCUUAUGGUGCAUAUUUUUUGGAGCUGUUGGUACCUCAGGGUUUAAGAACAUCCCUGGAUUCUAAUAUCCCCUUUUAAAGGGUUUGCCACUUGGACCCAAAGCAUGCACACAAAGACUUACACUACAUUGGGCGUCAUGUUAGCAAUUUUUUUUUUUUUUUUUUUUUGUAUAUAGUGAAAUAGCAUUAUGCCGUUUAGUUGUUGAGAGGAGUUCAGCUGGCAUGAAGUGUAUGGUUUUUUUUUUUUCAUUUAGGUGCUAUAGUUUUUAAAGUUGUAGGCACAUCUUCACUGACUCAAGUGAGGGUUAAGUAAAGGUUUGCAGAGUCCAGGAACAUACUGCGCUUACAUAUUGCAUUGUUCUGUUUGUUUUUUUAUGUUUAGAAUGCUGAAAUGUUUUUGAAGCAAAUAAAACAGUAUUACAUUUUUAAGACUGUUCUUGGCAGUUCUGGUUCCAGAUGUUUGUGCUCUUCAUUACAUAGCAUUCUUGCUUUUAAGUGCAGUGACACUAGGUAGGGUAACAAACAGGAUCUUUUCUAUGUGGUGAAGAUGGUGUCAUGUAAGACCGUAGACCUCACAUUCUACUGACACAUUAAACUGAAGUGAAACUUAACUCUUGCCAUCUGACAAAGUUUUGACUAGGUUAUUGUGCCUUACGCCUCCCUGCAUAUGUAAAUUGUUCCUGACUGUAUGGUCACAUGCAAUGGUAUAAUGGACCAAUGUAAAAGUUGUAAUUGUUAACAUACAAAUGUUCUAAUAUUUCCUAGUUUAAAAAAUGGUAUUAAAAUGUAAUGACAAAAUUCCUUUCAA